AUGUUAAAGAGAUUCAAGGUGUGGGUGUACGAGGAGGGAGAACAGCCAUUAGUGCACUAUGGACCAGUAAACAGUAUAUACUCGAUUGAAGGGCAAUUUAUGGAUGAAAUUGAUAAUAAUUAUAAAUGGAGUCCUUUCAGGGCUAGACAUCCUGAGGAGGCACACGUUUUUCUUCUUCCCUUCAGUGUAGCUUACAUUGUUCGCUAUGUUUUCGACCCUCUCAUAAAGGAUUCGGGAGCCAGAGCCAUUCAGCGAUUGCUGGAAGAUUAUGUCCGUGUUAUUGCAGAUAGGUAUCCUUAUUGGAAUAGAAGUGAAGGUGCUGACCAUUUUUUACUAUCAUGUCAUGAUUGGGGUCCGAAGGUUUCAUAUCGCAAUCCUAAACUGUUCAAAAAUUUUAUCAGGGCACUUUGCAAUGCUAAUACAUCAGAAGGAUUCAAACCUAGAAAAGAUGUGUCUAUCCCUGAAGUGAAUUUGCCAAGAGGGAAGCUAGGCCCACCCAAUCUAGGACAACAUCCAAAAGACCGCACCAUUUUAGCUUUCUUUGCUGGUAGAGAACAUGGUGAGAUUCGAAGGAUCUUGUUGAAUCAAUGGAAAGACAAAGAUAGUGAUGUCCAGGUUCAUGAAUCUCUUCCAGAAGGGAAAAACUACACAAAAUUAAUGGGACAAAGCAUGUUUUGCUUGUGCCCCAGUGGAUAUGAAGUUGCAAGUCCUAGAGUGGUGGAAGCAAUUCAUGCAGGUUGUGUGCCUGUGUUAAUUGGUCGUAGUUACUCUCCACCCUUUACUGAUGUGUUGAAUUGGAGUAAAUUUUCAAUGGAGAUUCCGGUGGAGAACAUACCAGAAAUCAAAACUAUUUUACAAAGUGUUUCAAGGAAAAGGUAUUUGAAAUUACAAAUGAAUGUGAGGAGAGUUCGAAGGCAUUUUAUAAUUAAUCGACCAGCACAAUCGUUCGAUCUGAUGCACAUGAUACUUCACUCGAUCUGGCUGAGAAGGUUAAACCUUAAUGUUAUUGAUUCAAGAUAG